AUGAAGAUAUUAAUUAUUUCUGAACAUCUUUUUCCUGAAACAAGUGGUAUUGCUGUUCGCAUUGAAUAUUAUGUAAAAUAUUUAAAACAAUUCGGUCAUCAUGUUACUGUUUAUGGCCCAAAAAAAUGUCCAACAGCAAAUCGAAAAUUAGCUAGUAUUCCAUUUUAUUUUUUUAAUGCGGAUGUUUCUCAAUGUUUGCCAUCAUUUCAAUUAUACAAAGAUAUUCUUUUUGAAGAAUAUGACAUAGUGUACAUUGUUGGUCCAAAUGUUCUUCUAGGCACUGUUUUGCUUUAUUUACUUUGUAAAUUAAUGGGUAUCAUUGUUUGUACGUCUUAUCACACAAAUUUAUUUGAUUUUGGCCUGGAAUAUUCAAAAAAUCCUUUCAUACGCAAAUUAAGUGAGUGGUUGCUUACUUAUUGUUUUUAUUAUCCAACAAUAUGGUUGAAAAUUCCCAUUUUACAUCCUGAAAAUUUUAUUGAUCUCAAGAUUCUUUGUAAUAAUUUUAAUAAUGGAAAUAUUCUAUCAACAGGCAUUGACACUAAUUUAUUUCAAUAUUCCGAAAAUUUUACUAAAAAUAAAUUGAUUCAUAUUGGACGAAUAGCACCAGAAAAAAAUUUAUUUCGAUUAAUUGAUUUAUUUUCUUUGGUUCAAGAUGAAUAUACUUUAGAUAUUGUUGGUUUUGGUUCAAUUGAAAAUGCAUUAAAAUUAUAUGUCAAAGAAAAACAAAUAAAAAAUAUUCAAUUUAUUGGUCGAAUUGAUUACAAGAAUUUAUAUAAGUAUUAUCAAAGUGCACAGGCAUUUAUAUGCACAAGUUUAAAUGAAACAUAUGGUUUUACAUUACUCGAGUCAUUGUCAUGUGGAACACCUAUUAUCUAUCCAAAAUGUCCCGUAUUUGAGAAUUUAUAUAAACCAUAUUUUCCUCAAUUAGAAUAUGAUAUAAAUAAUGACAAAGAAUUUAUCAAUGCACUCAAAUAUAUCCAACAAAAUGAUAAAAACUUGCCACAAUUAUGUCGAGCAUAUGCUUGUCAAUAUUCAUGGAAAAAGGCAACAGAAGAUCUUGUUUCAAUUUAUCAAAAUAUUAUAGAUAAUCAUAAAACAAAGAUAUUUUAG